UUGGCGUGACGAUUGGUAAGAAGAACCCGCAACCGUAAACCAGAGCCGAAUGAGAUGGACCGUCGUAGCCAUCGUUUCUCCGUUCACGCCGUCGAAUUCCGAAACGCAGAGAGUUAAGCAAUGCUCCCCAAUUGCAGGACGGACGUAAGUGACAGUUUUUGGCUCAGUUUCAGUUUCCGUUUAUUUUGUUUGAAGGCAAAGGAAGAACUUUAACUCUAAAUAUAGCAGAAAGGCAUUUCGAAGCGGAGAAAGUAGUUGUAGUUUCAGUCUGUUCUCUAUGGAGAAGAGGUUGCGUUCUUCUCUUGAAUCAUCGGCGGAAGAAUUCGUCUCCUCUGCCGUAAAACUAAGUCUCAAGUCGUCAAAGCACACGCUCAAAACCCUAAUUCAUGGCCUAAAAACUUCUUCUGCUCACUCCUUGUCUGUUCCUCUUGCCCUAGAAGUUUCUAUUUCUCGCGCAAUUGCAACUUUUAGGAAUCUUACUGGCUCCGAUUGCACUAACCCUAAUCCACAAUGCAACCCUAGCCCCUCCGAGUCUCCGCAGCCUCCUUCCACUAAACGUCUGCGGCGAUCUUCGAGACAUUGCAGAAGUCGGGAAUUUGAAGGCUUAGAGAGUGAUGAAUCCAAUUUGAACUUACGAAAAGAGAAAGUUUUGAGUGAGCUUGAAAUUCUGUCGUACAUUGUAUUCUUAUGCAUUUCGCACCCGAAAAGAGUAUUUUCUCUGACUGAUUUACUGCCGUGUGCUCGGGACUUGCACGAUAAUUUGAUUUUAUUCGAGUCGGAUUCAGUAUUGUCUACGGAGAUUGCAAAUUUGUGCGAGGAAUGGUGGAAGGAGGACUUGCCGGGGCGAGAAUCACUGAUCUCUCAGUCGCUCCCUUUCCUGCUCUCAAGGUCGUUGACGCUAAAGAAGAAGGUGGAUGUGCACAAGGUUUAUAUGCUUCGGGAGGCAUUUUCUUUGUUUGAUUAUGAAGACGAGAGUAUUGAAGAUUUGAAACUUUUGUUAGUUCGCUGCGUUAUUGCUCCUUUGUAUUUGAAAACUGAGGAUGGUCGUCGGUUCGUUGCGUAUACUUUUGGCUUAAGCCGACAGCUAUUGAAGGAAGCACUGGCAGUUAUUCGAUCCCAAAUUCCGUUUGGGAGAAAAUCUAUGUUGGAGGCGUAUGGAGACAUUGUGUUUCGUGCUUGGCGAAAUUCUGAAGAAAAUACACGAGCUGAAAUCGAAAAUGGAUUUUUACAGGGUUUGGUGGAGGGUGCUAUACAUGCGAGAACAAGCGCGUUCGGUGCUUCAAUUAGAAGGGUUUUAGGAGGGUUUAUAAACCAGAGAACAGUAGAAGGUGUUGAGAAGCUUCUCUUCCGUCUAACUGAACCUGUUAUAUUUCGAUCGCUGCAGGUUGCAAAUUCAAAUGUUCGUCAAAAUUCAUUGCAUCUACUUUUGGAUGUGUUUCCUCUUGAAAAUCCUGAUGCUACAAAAGAGCUGAAGGACACAUUGCUUGAUAGACAGUUCUUUUUAAUAGAAAAACUUCUCAUGGAUGAAAGUCCAGAUGUGAGAGUUGUAGCAGUUGAAGGUUGUUGUCGCAUUCUUUAUUUAUUUUGGGAAAUUAUCCCUUCAAUAACCAUCACAAAGAUCAUUACCAAAAUUUUUGAUGAAAUGUCACAUGAUACAUCCAAUGAAGUCAGGCUUUCAACACUGAAUGGCGUAAUCUAUUUGUUUGGGAACCCCCAAUCUCAUGAGAUUUUAAAAGUGAUCUUGCCAAGGUUGGGACACCUGAUGUUGGACAAUGCUCUUUUGGUAAGAGUAGCUCUAGCAGAUCUCCUCCUCCUUAUCAGGGAUGUUCGUGAUUUCCAGUUUAAUAAGGUGGUCAGUUUAGAUGUAUUGUUAACUGUACUUGCACACGAUCAACCCAUUAUUAGUCAGAAAAUUACUAGAUUGCUGAUGCCAUCAUAUUUCCCCACCAAAGUAUCAAUUGAAGAGGCAUGCAGUCGCUGCAUAACUCUUAUAAGAAGAUCUCCCAUGGCUGGAGCAAGAUUUUGUGAAUUUGCUGCAUCACAAGGGGCAUCUCUUAAGUCCAUUGUGCAACUUGUUAGAACACUAAUUGAUUUAGUUUCGUCCUCUGCUAAGCUAGAUGAAAGUUACAUCGAUGGUUUACUACUUUCUGCCAAAUACCUUUGCAGCUGCAUCUCGAAGGAGCCAUGUUACAAGUUCGAUCUCAAAGAUCUGUUCACUGCUGAAAAAUUGAAGUGCUUGCUCUCUGUAGCACAAUCCAGGUGUGCUCGGUCUUCUUUAUUCAACAUUGUUUCCUCAUUCUCUCCCGAUGAUUUUACGGAUCUUCUUGAGGAGUGCAUGCAAUUAAUUACAAACUGUCGUGGAUUAUCCGAAGACAUAGAAAAGCAAGCUGAAGUGAGGUCAUGCCACAGGUUUUUCCUGGCUUGUGAUGCAUUGGACAUUAUGUUUGAAGCCAUGUCAUUGAUACUACAAAAAUUUGCUUAUCGUUGCCACAUUAGAUUUGGAACUGAGAAACCGAAACUCAGUGUUUCCUCUGCAAAGAGAAAGAAAUGCAAAUUAUCAGGAAAAGUACUAUCUAGACUGAAGAAUUUUGGUGGAAAAAAGUGUGUAGCCUUUGAAGAAGACUACUUUGUUGCAGUAGGAGUGUUGUGGCAAGUUAAAGAUUUGCUUUCAGAUGAAAAGACAAAGAAUGCUUUAUUGAGUUGCCAAACUAUAGAGACCAUAUUUCAAAGUUUAAAGGUCAUCUGCGAAGUCAGUAUUGUGCAAUGCGUCAAUUAUGACUAUAUGGAUGUAUCUCCCGUUCUAGCAUAUGCAUCUCUUGCUUUGCACAUGUCUUUUCAGAGGGUCAGCCAAAACAUUCCGAGUAAUAGUGGAACAAAGAAUAAAAUUUCAAAUUCUUGUAGUUCACAGGAAAAGUUGGAGCAGACGCUCGAUCACUUGCUUGACUGUGUUAAGAAAAUGUACGUGUCAGAUGACUCCCCUGAUGAAGCUAAGCAAGGUAAUGGAAAACGAACUCAACAUGCAAAUCGAAAGCUGAAUGAAUCUAGAAAAAAUCAAUCUCACUCCCUUCAGGGAGGAUGUGUUGAUGCUUCAGAAAAGACACUGAAGCAGGUGAAGAACCUUACAGCAGUCCUCAAGUUCAUUGCCGAUGCUAUUUCCAUGGGGUUUCUUUCACAAAAGUAUGAAUUGUGCUUGAAAUUCGUGUCAGAGUAUAUGCAAUCCAUCAUGUCGAUUUUAUGUCAACAGAUUUAUAAAGAUAUUCAGUUCAAUGUGGAAAUGAAAGAAAUCUUUCUUUGUCUAAAGAGCUCGUUGACCUAUGCUGCCAAGUUAUUGAAUCAAGUACUAAGAUGUGUGGAAGGUUCCGCUUUGACACAGACUUCAAUUCUUAGCCAUAAUUUGAUUGAUAUGAUUGCCUUAAUUGAAGUACACUUGGGGUCUGGUUAUGCAGCACGUCUUGUUGCAGUGGCGAAGUCUUGGUUUCCUGAUCUGAUUUUAGCGUUGGGAGCCAGUUGCAUAAUGAGACCUGUUGAAGUAGAGGGGGCGCACAUCAACCUCUUUGAGCAGACCAAACUCUAUUUUCCCUCAUGGUUAUCAAUCGUUGCAAAGAUUGAACUUUCUAAUACAAGUGAAGAUUUUGCUGAGAAGGAGGAGGAGGAGGAGGAGGACGGGGAUGGCUCUUUCGACAAACAUAAUUCUUCCACAUUUAAGAAAUUUCUGAAGAUGAUUGUCACAUUUUUGAAAAGAGAUCACCACAUUUUGGAUGCAGUUGGAGCAAUUUUUAUGGUUGGUUCAGAAGUUGGGUUGGAAAGAAAGGAUUUUGGGCUGGUGCUUGGACUUCUACAGUUUGUGUGUCGAAGCCUAUACAGUGCAGAGGACAGAGAGUGGGGUGAUAUGAUGUUAGCUUCAUUACAACAUUGCUACCCUCAAAUAGAGAGAGAAAUAGAACAAUGUAAUGGAGAUCGACGUCAUCAAUUAGACAAGGCAAAGACUUUGCUUGAACCUAUAUGGUUGUAUCACGUUUUCGAAACUGGCAAGCUGUCAAUGAUGAAUGAGUAGACAACGCUUACGCUACCCUUUAGUGGUGAAGCUGAGAUUGGCUAAAUCAGUUUGGUUAAUUAGAUUGAAUUGAAGUUGAGGAAAUUGGGACCAAAAAGGAAGCAUAGCCUGCACAGCCCAUGAAGAGACUCGUGCCGUUUGACAGACGACAGACUAUUCAAAUGGGUGGGGGUUAUUCCACAGUUGAUAACAAAAGUAGGAAAAGGAAAAGGAAACCGAGAGCCAGUUUUCAACGUGGUGGUGGUGGUGAAGGAGAUUAUUGGUUUCGGUCCCAUGAAGUGAAAACUGAAAAGUAACAAUUGGGGGCAUAUAAUGGAAAGAGCAGCUUUAAGACCACGAUAUGGACCAGCCCACAUCAACUUUUUAUAGAAUGUGUUGGAGGAGAAGAUGCGACGUGAAGCGAAGACUUUUAAGUGUCAACGAUGAAAUAGAAGUUUUGCAUGUAGCUUUCUGUGGCUGGCUGCUAAUCCUCGCCUCACUCUUCAUAACACGGCUAGUUCGAAUGACAAAAGACUAGCCAGAGAAAGUGAGGCUCAGCCGCUCAGGUAUAUUAUUAUUAUUAUAUAUAAACGUAGUUUAUCAAAUACGCACUCAUGAUGGGCCAAAAGCACCAUCAGCAUCACUGGGGAAAUAACUUUCUUUUUCUCCUUUAGUGGGGGCCAUAUUGUAAAACCAAGAAAACUGAGGGAUUAAAAGAAAAGAAAAGAAAAGAAAAAAACAGCACAGCAGAAGACCCUCCUCCCUUCCUCUGUCAAUUCCCAAAUGAAAGAUCCUAGACUUUUCGAAAGAGAAUAGAUAUAUAUUGAUAGAGAGGCAAUUGAAAGACAGCAUGAGGGCCACUACAACCCAUUUGUGCCACUAAUGGGGUGAACACCUUUGCAAGAGAUUCCCCCAGAGACAGCUCAACUUAGCGGCCGUCCUAAGAUUCCAAGCCUUCCUCCUCCUAAGCUCAAAGUUACCUAUACCCCAUACCUUCUUUUUCUUACUUUCCAAUUUAAUACCAUUUAACAACUUGUUUCUUAAUGCCAUUUUGCUUCAUGAUAUCA